AUGUUUUCACUAACUUUAGACCGGCCUGGCAAGGAGAGAAUCCUAGCAAUUCGUGACUGCAUUGUGCAAGGGCUCCGCUCUUCACCGAAGGGCCUCAGUCGCCUUUCAGCUCGGUGCUCUCGCGAUUGCAAGCGGGAGCGCGGGGCCCCUUCCCCCCGCCGCCGGCUCCGCCAGACCCGAGCGCCGGCCUCCCUCCGAACCCGUCUGGGGCCCAGGGAGAGCCUUUCGCAAGGUCACGCCAAACGCUUGGUGUGCGUGCUGUUGGGCGUGGCCGCCGCCCUCCCCGGCCUCCGUCAGCGCCGUGACUCCUCGGCCCUCUUCUACGAGCUGCCCUCCAACGCCUCCCUCAUCCUGGGCGGCAUCCAGACCGGCUUCGACUGCGGCGACCUGCCCUACGGCUACUACGCCGACGAGGCCAACAACUGCGCCGUCUUCCACGUGUGUCUGCCCUACAUCGACAACGACCUCUACAUCACCCGCCACUUCUCCUUCAUGUGCGGCGCAGGCACCAUGUUCGACCAGGAGCGACUCGUGUGCGACUUCCCCGAGAGCGCCCUUCCCUGCUCCGAGGCCGCCGCCUUCAGGAGGUCCAACGAGUACUUCGGCCGCGCCGACGUCAACUUCCUCGAGAAGUAAAUCAGUCGUAAUCAUAUAACCCAAUUCUUUCAUGUUUUUAAAAACUAUCAACACCGCUUCCAUAUAUAUAAAUAAACUUUAUGUCGAUAAAAAAAAAAUUCACAUGUGUCUGAUUUUGCAGACUACGAUUGUGAAUCUACAAUAAAUCAUGAACCAGCAUAAAUCACAAA